AUGUCAGGCAAAACAUCAUCUUCAAAACGACAUGAGGCUUUGUUUAAGGGUUUCAAACUUCAUUGGAUGAAUUUACGUGACGCUCAAUCAGGAGAAAGUCUUUGGCAAUCAUCGGAGAAUUUAUCAUCACCUGGUGCUGAACAUGAAGCACGGGUACCAAAGCGUAUACUUAAAUGCCGAGCAGUUUCACGUGAAAUUAAUUUCUCAUCAGACGAAGAAAUGCAACACUUUCGUUUAGAACAACGUGUCUAUUUUAAGGACACAGUUAUUGAAGAAUGGCAAUUCUCAUUCGGUUUUGUUAUUCCUGGUUCAACGAAUACUUGGCAGUCGUUAAUUGAAGCUGCACCAGAAAAUCAAAUGAUUCCUGCCAAUUUACUCAAUGGAAACAUUGUUAUAGAAACUAAAUUCUUUGAUGGUGAUAUUGAAGUGUCAACAUCCCGUGUUCGUUUACUUUAUAUAUAA